CACAGAUAAUGUAUAAAAGUGUGUAUUAAAGUGAGUACGCAAAGAAGAUGAAUGAAGGUAUUACGAUUUCGUUAACAUAUUGUUUGUUAAUUAAAGUCUUGAAAAAAAAUCUGGGAUUACGAUUUCGUUCUCCCCCCUACUGUAUCUACAGUGGAAAAAGUUGAAUUCCAGACCACAAAUUUCUAUAUUUUUCUUUUUCUUUUUCUUCCCGAUUUUUCAAUUGUGUGUCACCCACUCAGCCUCUCACCCAAGCUUCCUAAAAAAACAAAAACAAAUGGCAGUAAUAAAAAAUUGAAAAAGAACUUCUUUUACUUUUCUUUUCAUAUUCCUCUUCUUCUUGGCAUUUGAAAUUUGAUUGAGAAAGAAGAGUUCAGAAGCGUUUUAUAUUUCAAGAUUGCAAGUCAAGCUGCUGUAAUUUUCUCCAUUUCCCACUUUUUAAAGAAAAAUAAAUGUCUGUUUAAAGAUUGUAUCUUUACUCAACGUUCUUAAUCUGCAUUUGAGCUCUUACUCCUUUACAUCGGUAUGGGCAUUUUAUAUCUGUGUAAAAGCGAAAGAAGCUUCCUUUUUUGCUGCCAUGUCUAUCUUCUUUACCUCCAAACGUCUAUUUUUUGUAUAAUUACGUUUUCCCUAUUUUCCCUUCAAGAAGCUUGAAGAAAGAUUAGAUUUUGGUGUGAGAAUGGAAGGAGGAAGUUCAGGAGGGACUGAAGGGGUGGCAGUGAUACCCCCUGAGGCUCCAUCAAGCUAUCAUGUGCCGCCAAGACAGGACAACAAUUCUUCCUUGGUCCCAGCAGGAAUAUCACCCUCACUCCCUUUUGUACCCUCUUCUGUUAAUGCUGCUGGAAUUAUUGUGGGGAGCUCUGAGAGGAAGAUGAAGAAGAGGGGCCGGCCCAGGAAGUAUGGCCCAGAUGGUGCCCCUGGCCCACUUCCCUUCACACCCAAUUCUCCCUCUGCCCCACUGCCCGCCUCUGCCUCCGCGGCAGGCUUCUUGGCUGAGAAAAUGAGUGCCCCACGGCCAGUAUCAGAGAAGAAACAGAAGAGUAAGAUUGGGGCUGAGAAUUUAGGUGACUGGAUUUCAUGUACAACUGGUGGAAACUUUCUACCCCAUCUCAUAACGGUUGAAGCCGGUCAGGAUGUAACAAUGAAGAUAAUAUCAUUUUCACAGCAAGGGCCUCGAGCUAUUUGCAUUAUUUCCGCGAAUGGUUUGAUAUCAAAUGUUACUCUUCGUCAGCCUAAUUCUUCUGGUGGUACUUUAACUUAUGAGGGUCGAUUUGACAUCCUGUCUUUGUCGGGAUCCUUCACUCCUUCAGAGUUUGGAGAGUCAGGGAUGAGCAGGAUUGGAGGAAUGAGCAUAACCUUGGCUAGUCCCGAUGGACGUGUAGUUGGAGGGAUGCUUGCUGGACUCUUAAUAGCAGCCACACCCGUCCAGGUCGUUGUGGGCAGUUUUCUUGCUAGCAAUUACAACGAGUUUAAAACGCCAACAAGAAAGCGUAAAUCAGCAGAAUCUACAAUGCCGAUUUCGAACUCCCAACGCUCUGUUGCUAUGUCUCCUCAUCAUCAUAACCCAAUCUUGGAAUCCAGAAGCCCAAAUGCACCCGCUGUGGUUUAUCCAGGAUCCGGAUCAAGUAAUUGGGGAGCCAUUCAAAAUGUGGAUGAUGAAUCAAGGAGGGGUACGACCGACAUUAACAUAUCCUUGCAGGGUGAGUCAUAGAGUGGAUCUAUGGCUUCUCAAGUGUUGAAUGUUGUAUGUUAGUUCUCUGAAGUGAUUAAUAAUAACAAUGGUAAUUAAUUAUUUAGUUAAUUAAUGUCAGAACCUGACUGUAGCCAAGUUACCGUAGGAAUUUAAACUUUGUUAGCUGGAGUUUAGAGCUCUAUUUAUGUGGGGUUUAAUUACAACGUGCCCCUUUGUUGUUGAGAUAUGUAUACAAUUUUAACUAUUGAACUCUUUUUGGGGGAGAAUUAAGUAAUGCUUUUUCAUA